CAGUAUUGGAUAUUGUACGUACGAGGGUUUUGUAAUUUGAAGGUCAUAUUUCUUGAACCUGUAGGCAUGUUUUGGCGUUCUUUGGUGUCCACUAUAGUCUCUCCAAGGUCGCAACUAAUACAGACUGGUACUUUGCGGUAUAAACACACGUUACCGCCGUUGCCAUAUGAAGCAAAUGCUUUGGAGCCGGUCAUUUCGGGUGAAAUUAUGCAAAUACAUCAUUCAAAGCACCAUGCAGCCUAUGUUAAUAAUCUGAAUAUUGCAGAGGAGCAACUUGCCGAAGCCAUUGCUGAGAAAAAUAUUUCCAAGAUGAUAUCACUUCAGCCGUCACUCCGCUUCAAUGGCGGUGGACAUAUCAACCACAGCAUCUUUUGGCAUAACCUUAGUGCGAAAGGCGGUGGAGUACCCACUGGCAGUCUGGCCAAUGCUAUUAAUGAGGAGUUCGGAUCCUUCGACAAUUUCAAGUCCAAACUCUCUGCUGCCACUAUUGCCAUUCAAGGUUCUGGUUGGGGCUGGUUAGGAUACAAUCCUGCCACAAAACAUUUACAAAUAGCCACUUGUGCUAACCAAGAUCCUCUUGAAGGAACUACAGGUUUGAAACCCCUACUUGGAAUUGAUGUUUGGGAACAUGCAUACUAUCUUCAGUAUAAAAACGUGCGUCCAGACUAUGUUAAAGCUAUCUGGGAUAUUAUAAAUUGGAAUGAUGUAGCUAAACGAUUCGAUGCUUGCAGAAACUGAGUUGUCUACAGUUAAUAAUAUAGUUUAUCUUCAUUAACUUACUAAUAUAGCACUUGAAUCAUAA